CCUCCUGGGAUGAAGCGGGGGCGCGCAGCACUGGUACAUCAGUCGCUGCUGCUGGGAACGGUAGAGUCUUCCUUCCCAUCGUGAGGCCGGCGCGCAGACCUCGGGUCCUGGAGGCUCCCGGUUCCCGGGCACUGCCUCCGGCCGUCGUCGUCGCAGCGGCCCGCCUUUCCCCAGCUCUGAGCGGCCGAGGUCACCAUGAGUCCGGGGUUCCGCCGGGCCGUCGCCGGGCAGGGGGCGGCGGCCGCCGUGCAAUUACUGGUCACCCUGAGCUUCCUCCCAAGUCUCGUCAAGACCCAGGUGACUGGAGUUCUGGAUGAUUGCUUGUGUGACAUUGACAGCAUUGAUAACUUCAACACCUACAAAAUCUUCCCCAAAUUACAAAAGUUACAAGAACGAGACUAUUUUCGUUAUUACAAGGUUAAUCUGAAGCGACCAUGUCCUUUCUGGGCAGAAGAUGGCCACUGCUCAAUAAAAGACUGUCAUGUGGAGCCCUGUCCAGAGAGCAAAAUUCCAGUUGGAAUUAAAGCUGGGCCUUCAAAUAAGUACUUGCAAGUGGCAAACAAUACCAAAGAACUGGAAGACUGUGAGCAGGCUAACAAGCUGGGCGCCAUCAAUAGUACAUUAAGUAAUGAAAGCAAAGAAGCAUUCAUUGACUGGGCGAGAUAUGAUGACUCACAGGAUCACUUUUGUGAACUUGAUGAUGAACGAUCUCCUGCUGCACAGUAUGUGGACCUGCUGCUGAACCCAGAGCGGUACACCGGCUACAAGGGCUCCUCGGCAUGGAGGGUGUGGAACAGCAUCUAUGAAGAGAACUGCUUCAAGCCUCGGUCUGUGUAUCGGCCUUUAAAUCCCCUGGCACCCAGCCGAGGGGAAGAUGAUGGAGAAUCAUUCUAUACAUGGCUAGAAGGUUUGUGUCUUGAGAAAAGAGUCUUCUACAAGCUUAUAUCAGGACUUCAUGCCAGCAUCAAUUUACAUCUGUGUGCAAAUUAUCUUCUGGAAGAAAACUGGGGCAAACCUAGUUGGGGACCUAACAUCAAAGAAUUUAAACGCCGCUUUGACCCUGUGGAAACAAAGGGGGAGGGUCCAAGAAGGCUGAAAAAUCUAUACUUUUUAUACUUGAUUGAGCUUCGUGCUUUGUCAAAGGUGGCCCCUUAUUUUGAGCGCUCAAUUGUUGAUCUUUACACUGGCAACUUGGAAGAAGAUGCCAACACCAAGACCCUUCUGCUCAGCAUCUUUCAGGACACAAAGUCCUUCCCCAUGCACUUUGAUGAGAAGUCCAUGUUUGCAGGUGACAAAAAGGGGGCCAAGUCAUUAAAGGAGGAAUUUCGGUUACAUUUCAAGAACAUCUCGCGUAUCAUGGACUGUGUUGGAUGUGAUAAGUGCAGAUUAUGGGGGAAAUUGCAGACUCAGGGUUUAGGAACUGCCUUGAAGAUACUAUUCUCUGAAAAAGAAAUCCAAAAACUUCCGGAGAACAGUCCAUCUAAAGGCUUCCAGCUUACUCGGCAAGAAAUAGUUGCUCUUUUAAAUGCUUUUGCAAGGCUUUCGACAAGCAUAAGAGAAUUGCAGAACUUUAAAGCAUUAUUACAGCACAGGAGGUAAUGAAGACUGUUCUGUCUCCGUAGACAUAACGGACUGUGUGAAGCCUUUUAGCCUUGGACAUUGAGCAGAGAGACUAAGUGUCUAAGACUUCAAGAAUUCUGAACUCUUAAAGAGAAAAUUCAAAUGUUCACUUGAAUAUUUAUGAUCCUUAAUAGACUAUCAAUUAGAGAUAUUUAUAAAUGAAGUAUAUACUUUAAAAUUGUGAGUUAUACUAAUCCCAUGUUUGUUUCACAUUGGUUUUAUUUGUAUUGUAUUACCCUUCAUACCUAGUUUUCAAACUUGAAAUGACUGUGUCUAUCCUGAGAAGACUAUUCAGUCUGUUAUAGAAAAAGAACUAGGGAACCAGUGCUGCCUAGGGCUGGUCUCAGUGACAGAAAUUUGUCAGUGCUGUAGUUAGUGUUUUAGCCUUGCCUAACACUGUGUGUCAUCUUCUGUAACACAGGGCUGUCACUAUAAUGACUAGGCCUUUCAAUGACUAGUGAGCGAGGUUCUGGAUGACUUCCCAGGACUUCAACCAUUUUAAGAUGUUUAGUUGCUGUUGCUGCUUUGGUUUUGGCCUCAAGGGUCCUGCCUCAGUGAAGGUGGGUAAGUGCCCUCUCAUGUUCACUUGGCCAGAUGUCCUGUGUACACCUGGCUGGCUCAAGAGUGGAGUGUCCUUUACCUAAAGCCUACAGCUCCCCCUUCUUCUGACUUCUUUGUUCCUCUCCUAAUUAUAAACAUUUUCAGUUAUUUUAUGGAAAGCCCUAUUUAUUUAAUGGAUUGUUUAUUCAUAAAAUUUGAAUGGGAUCCUAUGGGUUUAUAAUGCUACUUGCAUUAUACACAAAUUUUGCUGUUUUAAAGUAAGCAUUUUCACUGUUUGAUUUUGAACACAAUCUAUGCAAUCCUCUA